AUGAAUGCAUCGGGCGACCCCCCAGCAAGCUGGGGCACAGACGGCGUCGCCCCCCCUAUCCUCCCCGUCUCAAAGGUCACAACCUCCAUCUUCUUCGAAUGGGUCGGCAUCCUCCCUCUGGCAAUCUACCUAGCCGGCAGCGGCCUGUCCCACCGCCUGGUCGGGCAGACGGCGCUCGCGAGCUUCAUCAGCGUCAGCCUGUUCCCGCGGCUCGGCGUGCUGGACAGCGUCGCCGAGUUCAUCCGCGAGUCGUCCGAUUUUCUGGAUCGCGCGUCGUCCAUCAGCGAGCUCAGAAGGACCGUCUGGGACGCCAACUUUGGCAGCGUGUUUCCCUGCGCCAACGGGGCGGCGAGCGACAUCCUCGCAAGGCAUGUGAUUCGUGGUGCGCGUGAGGUUGAGAUUCCGCAGGAUUUGGCGAAGUUGACGCGUGCGUAUGAAGAUGGACUCGCGGAUGGUGCUGUCUCGGAGGAGGAAGAUGGGUCGACGAAGAAUGAAAAGGAGAAGGGUGCUGCAGUGUCUCCGUUUCGCCGCUUCCAGACGUUGUACAUUAUAGAUUGCACCGUCGACGCCGAGCGGAGGAAAGGUGUCAGGGCAACCAUCUCCGGUACUUGGCUGUCCACUCUUGGCGAAGGCGUCUUCUUGCUUAUCCUUCUGGGUGCGGGUGCCGUGACCGUCUUGUUCGGUUUAUACGGAACUGCGGCGGCGAUCCUCCUCAGCGCCGUGUUUCGCACGGCACGGAGCUACAUCAAAGUUAUCACGCCCCCGGGCUAUCUGGAAAACAACGAGCCCAACCAGGUCGAUGGCUGCAUGCUCGCGGCAAUACACGAGAACGCGUCGACGUGGUAUCUCUACCGCGGCUCCCGGGCCGUUGUCGAUGGCCUGCUCAACAAGCCCAUGAUCCUGGACAUUACGGCUCGUCCAAACAGGAUGCUGGCCCUCACCCUGCGGGCUCUUUCUGCCUUUCAGAUCCUCACCAUGACAUAUGUUGCUGCGCAGAAGGGCUGGGACGGGGUGGGUUUGUUGGUGCUCAUCGUCGUGGCCUGGACGCUGGAUUGCGUUCUCUACAAUGACGACAAGUUGGCCGCAGGUUGGCUUCAGAGGGAGAAUGUCACCAUGAAGGCGUGGAGGUGCCAGUUCAGUGGUCGCACGGCCAUGCUUGGGAGUAUCCAGAUGCUGAAGACGAGUACAGUGGCGAGUUGGAUGGACCAGAUCCUGGCGCCUUCAGAGCGGCGCGCGAAAUGGCUGGAGAUGCUAUCGCUGGAUCGGCCUGACUUUGAUACGCGGGGGAGGGAGCUGACGGACAAGGAGGAGGGCGAGCUGAAAUGGGUCAAGAAUAACUGGUUGCUGACGCGGGCUGCGGUUGAUGCGAUCAGGAACGCCAUGGGCGAAAAUGCGGCGUGA